AUGCUCUCGGCGCCGUCGCAGCAGCAGCUGCUGCAGUUCGAGUGGCAAGCGCGGGGCCUGCAGGGACACGAGGACCGGAAAGGCUGGUACGAGCAGCAGCUUCAGCCACAUCCUCAGUUUUCCGCGGAGCCUCACGCGUCUCCCGAGCCGCACCAAAAUGCCAAGGAUGAACCGUUGGCGGUGGCGGGCGCCGCGAGCGCGCCAGCUGCUGCCCUGGGCGGCGGCGCUUCGGGGGGGGCGGAGGCGGCCAUUUCGGCGCCGUCUCCCUCGCCUGGGCUGGCGGAGGGGAGACACGAUGGAGUGCGACCACGACCUGCCUCGUACCAUCUUCAACUCCAGCACCAAGUUCAGCCGGAAGGACAGCAGCAAGACCACCGCCACCACCACGUCGAACAUCAAGCUGCGCUUCUGGAGCAGCAGAGACAAGAGCUGCAGGCUCUCCAUUUCCUGCACGCGACGGGAGCGCCGCCUUCGAUGAUUCCGCCCGACUUUCUCAUGCGGCAGCAGAUCUUUCAGCAGCAACAGUUGCACCACCUUCACCAGCUGCAACACGCCCAGGCCUUCUCACACCACCACCACGUGGUUCCUGUGCCGCAGCACACGCAUCUGCCAGCACACCUCGUGGUGUCCGGCGCGCCAGGGACUCAGGAGAGUCAGCAGGCAUUUCUUCAGCACCACGGCUACGACCCGUUCGCACAGCUCCCUCGCGCGGGAAGCGGAGAAGGCACUGUGCUGCUCAGAAGCGAAGGCGGCGCCGGAGGCGCGCCCGAGAUGAACCAGGGGGAUCACGCAGGCCCUCCCCCCCCGGCAUACGGAGGAGGAGGCGCCGGCGAAGAAUACAGGCCAGGCGCGAGCACUCCGCACCCGUCGGAAACCGAGGGCGCCCCCCGAGCCGCAGACGUCAGGGGCAUGCCGCCGUCCGCUGAAAGGGGGUAUCCAGACGCGAAUGGCUGCGGCAUGCCGCCCAAGGAGCUGGAGGCCUCGUUUGCUGCCGCGUGGGGCCCGUCUGCAGUGGGGGGCGCGGGGCGGCAGCAGCAGAUGGACGCUUCAUCUGCAGCACCGCCGCCGGGCUGCCACUUCGCGGAGCAUCCACAAGCGCACGCAGCCCUUCAAGCGACGUCAGGAGGAAGCCAGGAGGCUGUGGCUGCCGGAGGAGGCUCGGAGGGUGCAGCGUCAGCGCAAGCAAGUUCAUCUGCCGCAGGCCUCGCGCCACCUGUUUCAUCCUAUCCUUCCCAGCCAGGCGCGUUUCCCCCAAGUGGAGGGAGUGCUGCGUACUUUCCAGAGGGGGGCGAGCCGCGAGCCGGGCCUUCGACCCUCCUCCCCUAUCCUCACUCCUCCAGUGUUGUUCCAGCGGACUGCGGCGGCGCGGGGAACCAGUUCAUGGCAGCAGGACAGUUUCUUGUCGGCGGGCAUCCCUCCCACCAGGCGCAGGCCUGCGCCGGGGGCGGAUACAGCCCGCACGGUUUCCCUUCUCAGUUUGGCGCGCCUCACCAGAAUGCCCACGCUGUGCAUCUCUCGCAAGCCCCCCACCUAGCCCCUCAGCAGUUGCCUUCUGUUUACGCGCCCUCACACGCCCAGCACGCCGCCGGGGGCCAGAUGCUCGAGUUCUCUUCGUUUUCUUCGGCGGCUUCGGGCUCACCCUCCUCGAGUCUCUCGGGAGGCGGCUGCGCGGGAGGCGGCGCUGCGCAAGCUUCCCCCUCGCCGCUGGGCUUCCAGGGGCCGCUCCACAUGCCUCCGUCCUCUCUCUCACAUCCGUCUGCCUCGCAUCUGCUCAUGCAGAUGCCGGGGCCUUCGACGCCGACAAAAAGGCCGCCGGGGAGUACGGGGGGACUUGUGUCAGGCUCCGCUUCGCGCCGCAGCUCGCAGAAGCGCCAGCAGCACCAAGGCUUUCUCUCCGCUGGGACGCCCUCGACGACCUGCACGCCUCCGCACUUCAACGUGGAGUCUCUUCUGGUUUCGGCGUCUACUGGACUUCCCUCGGAAGCGUCCUCAGUGUACUCAGGCAGCCGCCGUUCUUCGCUGCAUGCGCUGGGGGAAGACCGGUCGAUGAGUCGUCGGUCCUCGGCGCAUUCGGCGGUGGGCGGCACAGCCCGCGACCCCCCAGCAGCGGCGACUUUGGCUGGAAAAGAAAGAGUGUUUCUCGACGAGAAGACGGGGGCCUUUACGACGACGUGCCCGCCAAGCAGCGCCAGCAGCGCGAGUCAGUCCAGGCGAAGCUCCAAAUCGGCGGCGGGCGGCGCCUCGAGAGAAGGCAUAGCGAGAGCGGGCGGCACUCCUGGCGGAGGAUCGGACAUGUCUGCAAAGAGCUUGUUCCCGUCCUCUGCGUGGCCGAGCAGUGGGGGUGGAGGCUCGCGCUCGUCUUCGCUGUCGCAUGCAGGCAGCGUGGGCGACAGCGGGACUGCGCUGAUGGCAGUGGGCUCCGAUGGAGCCGCAGGGGCUGCGGGGCUUCCCGGCAAGGCUGCAGCGGGCGGAAAGCCCGCAGCAGGCGGCGCCGGAAAAGAGACCGCAGGGGGCUCGGGAACCGCUGGCACCCUCCGAGGCCCGUACGCGGUCUUUUCAACCCAGAUCUCAGUCCCCCCGCCGCCUGAACUCGAAGAGGCAUGCCAGCGACUUGCGGAGCUGAAGGCCCAGCCGCUCAUUCAGCAGUGGCUGGACAGCCGAGACGUCAGCUGGAGCUUCGCCUUCGCACUCGUCUUCAACGCGAGACUGGCCGCCGGAAGCGUCAACGUGAACGUGCGCUGGGCGCGCGAGCCGACCGUCGUCGGAGGCGCCUUUUUGGUUGGAAAAGGCAAGACGUACAGCUGGAGACGAGCGCCCCAGGAAGCGAGUCCACACAUUAUUCUGCAGUGCUUCGAGGCGGCCUGCAAGGAGAGGCAAAAGACGUUCGGCAGGUCUCAGCACGUUGACGACUACCUCGCAGUUCUAAAAACCGACUUGGCGAGCGCGUGGCGCCUGGACGUCGAGGGGCUCCAGCAGGCCGCCGACUCGUUGAUCGCUCUUCACGGCCUCGAUCUGUUCUGCGGUCUGCCUGUGGCGACGAAGCAGAUCAAAGACCUCCUUUACUUCGACCCACACGCGAAUUCGUUUUCUCUCGUGCCCGACACGCCGCCGCUGCCGCCGAUUCACUUCUUCUUUCCAGCGCCGCAGGACGCGUCGCUCUCGUCGGAUCUCUUGCUGGGCAUCACGAAGGAGAGCGUCGCGUUGGCGACACCGGACAGCAUCCAUUCCUCGGCGCCACCGUCGCCGCACCCGGGCGAGUUGGCUGGUCCCUCGGGCUACGGCGCCCGGUGCACUUCGUACACCUUCCGGUGCCCGGCGCCCGACUGCCUCGGUCUCCUCUUCACUCUGAACCGCGUCCGACACUUCUGCUUGAACGCGAAGCUGCGCUCUGCGGCAGCGGCGCACGCCUGCGACGUCUUGGAGACCAGCACAGGCUUCGAGAGCUCGGCGGGCAGCAUCUCGUUUCCGCCGUCCGCAGGCUUCGCGGGCGGCGCCGGCGCGCCCCCAAGCCCCGGUCACACACAGCCCGCAGACUUUGCCUCAGACACCAGCUCGCACCUUUACGCGGGGUCGUCCGCGUCUCCGUACCCUCUUGGGUCCUACCCCGGGGGUCUCGCGGCGGGGGGCAGUGGCUUUGAAGGGAAGGGAGGCGAAGAGGUCUCAGGAGCGGCGUUUCCUUCGCCGUUUGUCCACGGCAUGCCGCCCGGUCCUGGCGGCGUCGCCGAGUCGCGCGAAGUCGACAAAGGCUUUCACGGUCUCCCCGCCUUCGCGCCGCCGGUCUUGGGGACGCCGCCCGCCUACUUCUCGUCUGGCGUUUUGGAAGGCGACUUGGCCAGCGAGAGGAAAGGCAGGUCGCCGCGGGGAGCCGACGCGGGAGGCGCUGCGCUCUAUGAGAGACUCGUCCAGGACGGCGGCGAGGCGCUCAGCGGCUUCGAAGGCCGCCGACAGACUCUCUUGCUCGAGGCGAAGGACGGCCUUGCUUCGCCUUCGAGUCGCCACGCGCGCGGAGACGUCGUCGCCUUGUCGGCGGCCGCGAGCACGCCUCUGCGGCAGAACGAGGUGAGCCACGCAGAAGGGUGCGGAGCGGAGACCGAGGACGCCGCGAGGGCAGGCGACAGCGGCAAGCGCACGCGACCGCGCACGCGCUCAAGCGGCGAGCGAGACGAAACUCGCGAAGGCGUUGGCUACUCGCCCAGGCAGCGACGGCAUCUGAAGAGCGCAGAGGACGACCAGACGCCGAGGGAGAGUCCUAGCGGGGGCCGCGGGAAGCGGGAUGACGCGCACGUCGAGGUGGAGAGGCUCAGCGAACUUGGAGAGAGGCCAGUGACGCCGCGUCAUGGGGCAGGAGCCCUGGAAGACAUCGCAGACAGUUCGAUGCAGAUGCAGGACGAAGAUACGAGGCGGGCAGGCGCCGUUCGCCAGACGCACAAGCGGCCUGCAGCUCGCAGUGCAAGUAAAGCCAAGCGGAGGAAGCGGGGCGCAGCUGCUUUUUCUUCGCGAAGAAAGACUAGCCAGGCCGGCGCCUCCGCUGCAUCCUCAAGCGUUGCAGGGGAAAGCUCCCAUGGCGACGCGCCUCAGGAUGCGUCGGUUGACGAGGGCGAAGAAGACGAGAAGGAAGAUGACGCCGAGUCGGUUGAUCGGUCCUCCUCUUCCCAGCCUGACGCUGGGCAAGGCACGCCGCAUGCUUCGUCGUCGCUCCAGUCUGUGCGAGACCUAGCCUUUGCGUCGCCUACAGAGAUGGGCGACAUCGAUGUGCCGCGGGGAGGCAGCAAAAUGCUUUGCAAGGAGGCUUGGAUGGAGGAAGACCAGGCGGAUCGUCACUUGGAGGCGUUUUUCUCUGCCUGCGAAGACGCCGGAAGAAAGCGCGGGCGGGGCGGAGACGCACAAUACGAAGAGGAGCGAGGCGACACAGGCGGCUUCGAUGACGGGGAACAGAUGACGAUGAAGCAACACCUAGAGCAAGAGGGCGAACGUGAGGGACCCCCGGCUAAUGCUGGCGACGGCUCCAUGUCUUUCCAAAACGCCGCGGAAGACUAUCCUCCGCCUCGCGCGGACCUCGGCCGAGCGCAGGAGCUGGGCGGCGGAGAGUCGGCGCUGGAGUCGCACUACCUGAGCAAGAUCGAAGAAGAGACUGAGUAUUCCGGGGAGGGAUUCGAUUCUUCGGCUUCUGGGAACGACAGCAGCUCUCGGCGAGCGCCGGAAGGGACGGAGGGAUUCGCACCGAGCAAGUCGGAGCCGCGGGAAGACCCGCGCGUCGAGGGGCAAGAUGCUUUCGGCUUCGAACCCGGAGUGGAGAAAGGGCAAGACGAAGACACCGGGCUCCGUUUCCUCGACGACCCAAACACGCCCAGCCCGUCGCCGACCGGCGAAGACCGGCGCGACAAGAAGACCGAAGAGGACAAGGGCGAGGGAGACGAAGGCGCCAAGCCAGAAGUCCGCAAGCGCCGCGAGGGACGCGGAAGGCGCAGCAGACGCUAG